AUGACUGUUCUCUACAAGCCAUUGGAGUUAACCCAUUACACGAAGCCUCCCUUUACCUUUCAGCACAAAGCGAGGGCUGUAUGUAUUGGAGUGAACCAAUUAGCCCUGGGCACCGAACGCAUACAACAAGAUGACCUGCUCCGACAGGUGAAACACUUAGAAGAGGAACUCAAAAGACUAAACCAACAGAAAACCGGAUUACACAAGCGAGCCCUAGAUGUUCGGAACGACGUCAAAGGGAAUGCUGCUGCGUUACGGUAUCUGGAGACGAUCUCUCAGCUGGAGCGGUCAUUUACGGUCCUCACUGAAAAUGUCACCGAGACAUCUGUUCAAUUGAGCAGUCCAAAAGCGCUUCCUGAAUCCGUCCAUGUGAAGAAGGAUCUCGGCGAUAAUGUGCAGAGCUGUUGGAAUUACGUGACCCAGUUGUCCCGGUUGACCCAAGUUCACAUUCACAAUGCGGCUGAAUAUCAACAAUUCCAUCACGCCUUGAGUAAAGUGGAGGCAAACCUCAACAAGCGCCUUCGGAUGACCCAUCCGGAUCACAUGCGGCAAUUGCCUGAAGAGCUCAGCAGCGCUCCGAUGAUAGCAAACGAACUUCGCGUAAGUUAUUUCCAACGUAUCCUCAAUUUUGUCCCUAUACUGCAUGCGGAACGAACGAAUAUGUAUAUAGUGAUAGAUGGUUGCUAA